AACAUGACAUAUGUCCAAUUUUAAAAAAAGAUGAUGUCAUCGGUUGCUAUUUUAGUAUUAGUUAUAGAUUUUGUAAAGAUUCAACUAUAUUUCGAUAGGUUUUUUUUUUUUUUUUACAACAGCAAAACUGACAAAUAAAAUUACAAAACAUUAGAAAAGUUAACUAAUCCAGUCCUACAAGCAUUAGCUAUCCGAUGUGCAUCCUGCACUUGCUCCCUCUGAACCUUGAGAAUGUUGCAUAUCUCUAGUUGAUUCCCUAAACUUCUUAUUUACAUAAACGUCCAAUCAAGGCUAAUGUCUCUUUGGUUCAAUUGGCGUAAAAUUGAAAUAAGGUUUUCAGAUCAGAGUCCAAGAAGAUAAGUAACUUUAUAAAAUUCUUGCUUAUUCUCCAUUUAAUAGCUUCCGAAAUAGCUAAAGCCUCCACAUACAAAGCCGAAAUUCCUACACCAAAGUCACCCCCACCCUCCAAUUCCACAUCAUCUCCAAAUGAAAUCGUCCAACCUAUCUAUACCAAAUCUUCCCCUCCUCUUAUCCCAUGAACCAUCUACUUGGAGUAUGCAAUCAUGUCGUACUGUCAUUAAUCCAAAAGGUUGUUUUAGCUUCCCUAUAAAAACUUAAUUGAAAUCAGGGGGAGGCCAAAAUGUGUGUUCCCAUAGUGUCAUCAUAAACCCUUGGAGUUCCCAAACGUCGAAGAUCCAGCUUAUUAAAUUCCUUCAUGAAUUGCAAAGCCCCAUAAGUUAUAUACCAAAGUUCUUGGCAAAUUUUUACAGGAAAAGUAUUAGACGUACUAUAUUAUUUGUUAAAAAUGAUAGAAUCAAAAGGUGAGAUAUGUUUGGUUUCAAAAAAAAAAAAAAGAAAAAAAAAAGAAAAAGAAAAAUGAGAUAUUGUGAAAUAGAAACAAAAACACGAGAGAUUGAGAGAGAAUUAAUGUGUGUAUCUUUAUUCCAUAUGAUCAGUGGCGGACUUGGGCUUAGACCUGGUGGGUCAAGUGACUCACCAGGCCCAAAAAAAAAUUUUAAGUUAUUUUUUAAAAAAAAAAAAAAUUAAAAUCAGUUUUCCCCAAAAAAACCAAAAUUCAGUUCAAGACUUCAAGCCCUAGCCUUCUUCUCUUCGCGACUUCGCCUCAUCUCCAUUCUUCAGUUCGCCUCUUCGCUUCGUCCCAGCCAGGCAGCCAGCGUUCUCUUCGCUUGGUGGUCGGACGUCGGUGGUCGUGGACUCCGUCCUCUUCGUGGCUUCUCGCAUAGUCGCAUAAUCGCAUUUCGAAAUCGCUACUCGCUAUUGGCUGUGCUGCUGAAUUGGCGAAUUGCUGUCUUGCUGAGUGCGUGCCUCGGUGCCUGAGACUUGAGUGCUGCCGACUGCCGUGUUGCGGUGCUGGCCGACUGCCCGUGGCCCUAUUGCAGUGCUGCUCCGCCUGCUCCGCUGCUCGCCUCCGCCUAGCAAGGUAGGUAAUCAACUAAUCAUCAAUUGAUUCUUUUUGUGAAAUCUGUUUUGUGUAAUUGUGUUUUGUGUAAUUGUGUUUUGUGUAAUUGAAAUCUCUUGAACUUAUUAGUUAUUACUUAUGUGAAAUCUGUUUUGUGUAAUUGUGUUUUGUGUAAUAUGUUUAUGUGAUUAUGUUAUGUCAUUAUGUGAAAUUGCUUGAUUUAGACCAUUUAGUUGAAUAUUUAUUCAAAUAAUUUUUCUGGGGAAUAUUGCUUGAUUUAGUUCAAUAUUUAUUCAAAUUUCAGAAUGAAGAGAAAACGUACUCCAAAUGAAAUGCAAAACAUUACUAGCUUCUUUGUUAAAAAGAAUCCUACUCCAACUUCUCUUCCACAUCCAACACAAAAUGAACAAACUAUAACUCCACCUCAAGAAAGUGAGCAACUUUCAUCUCCAUCUCAUUAUUCAACUCAAAAUUCCCCUCAAAAUGAACAAGGCCAAUGUUCUCCUAAUGCCCCAAUCUUUGGAGAAAGAUUAAGUGAACAUGAAUUUGCUAAUCUUCCACAAGAUCCAGGAAAGAGGAGAAAAAUGAGUCAAUUUCAUAAAGAUGAUAGAGAUUUAGUGAGAAGAAUUUACAUUCAAAGAAAGCCUUGUCAGCCCAAAGACUUUACAUUUCCUCAAACUUCUAUUUUUGGCAAAAAUCGUCGCUUUUGUGCUAAGUGGUUUGAUACUUGGACUUGGCUUGAGUAUAGUGUGGAAAAGGAUGCUGCCUAUUGUUUCCCUCGUUAUCUAUUCAAGGAUGAAAAUGCCUUUGGAGGUGAUGCUUUUGUUAGUGAUGGUUUCAAAUCAUGGAAUCGAUCGGAUUUAAUAAGAAAACAUGUCGGUAAACACUUGAGUGCACAUAAUAAUGCUGUUUUAGCUAUGGAUUUGUUCAAGAAACAAAAUUCAAGCAUCACACAAGCCUUAACAAAACAAACCGCUGAGAGUACAAAUGCAUAUAGGACGCGACUUGAAGCUUCAAUUGAAUCUAUCCAAUGGCUUUUACUCCAAGGGUUGCCUUUCCGUGGUCAUGAUGAAAAACAAAGUUCCUUAAGAAGAGGUAACUUUCUUUCACUUUUAUCCCUUAUUUCCAAAGGUAAUCCUGAAUAUUCUAAAGUUGUUUUCAAAAAUGCUCCUAGUAAUUGUCAACUUACUUCUCCUCAAGUCCAAAAAGAUAUCAUAAAUGCAUGUGCAAAAGAGACCACUAAAGCAAUGCUUGAAGAUAUUGAUGGUGGUUUAUUUUCUAUCCUUGCUGAUGAGUCCGCUGAUGUUUCUGACAAGGAACAAUUGGCUCUUUGUUUGAGAUAUGUUAAUAGAAAGGGAGAAGUGUGUGAGCGUUUACUUGGUAUUGUGCAUGUUGUAAACACUGCUUCUUUGACUCUCAAAACUGCUAUUGAAUCCUUAUUAAUGGAGCAUUCUUUGUCUUUCUCUCAAGUACGGGGUCAGGGUUAUGAUGGGGCAAGUAAUAUGCAAGGUUCUAUUAAUGGCCUUAGGACUCUUAUAGAGAAUGAGUGUAAAGAAGCUUAUUUUGUCCACUGCUUUGCUCACCAACUUCAAUUAACUCAAGUUGCACUUGCUAACAAGAAUUCAGAUUGUGCUUGGUUAUUUGUUGAUGUACUUGCACCUCUCUUGAAUUUUGUGGGGGGUUCACCAAAAAGGAAAGAGUUUCUUCGUGAAAAUCAAGCUCAAAGAGUGGUGGAUGCAUUGUCUCUAGGUGAACUUGAAACGGGUUCAGGUUUAAAUCAAGAACGUGGAUUAGGUAGACCUUGUGAUACUCGUUGGGGAUCUCACUUCAAGACAAUCUUGAAUGUACUUGAUUUAUUCCCUGUAAUCCUUGGUUCUCUUGAGGAUAUUGCAAAAGUAUCUGAUACAAUAGAUUCUAAUAGAGCUCAAACACUUACAAAUCUUCUGAUGUCCUUUGAUUUUGUGUUCGUGGCACACUUGAUGGUUAGUAUAUUUGCGAUAACAAAUGCUUUGAAUGUGGCCUUACAAAAGCACGAUCAAGACAUUGUGAAUGCAAUGGCCAUGGUUAAUGUAACCAAGACUAAUUUGCAAAAAAUGAGAGAUGAAGGAUGGGAUUCUCAUAUGGAAAAGGUAAUUUCUUUUAUUGGUGACUAUGACAUUGCAGUUCCAGAUAUGGAGGCUAAAUAUGUUGUUCCCGGGAGGAGGUUGUUUAGAGGUAAAUGCCCACAAGUGUCUAAUCUACAUCAUUUUCGAGUUGAAGUUUUUUUUGGUGUCAUUGAUCUUCAAUUGCAAGAACUUGAAAAUCGAUUUCCCGAAAUAACUAAAGAACUACUUGUGUGUAUUUCUUGUUUGAGUCCUGUGGAUCGUUUUUCUAAGUUUGAUAAGGAAAAAUUGAUUAAGCUUGCAAAAUUCUAUCCUAAUGAAUUUCCAAGUUCAGAAUUGAUAGUCUUUGGUCAUACACUUGAUAGUUACAUUUGUUCUGUUAGAGGAGAUGAAAGGUUUUGGAAUUUGAAGGGUCUUAGUGAUCUUUCAAUCAAAUUGGUUGAAACGGGAUUGUCUAAAACUCAUGAUAGGGUCUAUUUACUUUUGAAGUUGGUGUUGCUUCUUCCUGUUGCAACGGCAAGUGUGGAAAGGGUUGAGAUGUCAAUGAUAUAG